AUGACGGAAGCGCAAGACGUGAGAAGAAGAUUUUUGCAAAACGCUGCUCGGACUGUGUUCCUUUCCAGUCCCUCAACGUCGAGGCAUCUGUUGACGCAAAGCGUUGAAGUCACGAUUUCGCGGACUCUGAAUUCUCGAACUAUCCCAAGAAAGGCGUGUGAAGCAUGCGGAAAUCUGCUGUUGUCAGGAUGGACGGCCUCUUCGAGGUUUACAACGAGAAGGGCCAAGCACAACGCAAAAGUCAUCCCCCCGGCAGGACUCCGAAAGGAAAACCUACAUCAUCGAUGCUCAGUCUGCCACAGAGUUACGAAAGAGGCCGUUGAUCCAGAAUUCAAUCCUAGGAACAAAAAGAUACCAACAGCGACGGUCCCCAACAAGCAGCGUGAAGAAGCCCCAUGCUCCAACGCUAUUCCAGAGAAGUCCAACAAAUCCAACAGCAAGAAAAGAGCCAAGGCCAGGAAAGACUGCGAAGGGCUACAGGCUCUUCUUGACAAAAGCAAGCGGAGCAAGAGCACUCCAAGCCUCAACCUAAUGGACUUGAUGAAGAAAUGA